GUGGCACGGGUUGAUUGAUUUGCAGAAGACAGAAAUUGACCCUUUCUUUCUGAUAAUUGGUUUAUGGGUUCUUGUUGGCAUCUUGCCUUAUCCGAAUGGUUGAGGUCCGAGAUCAUCGGAUGUGAUGGGCCUACGUAAAGGCUCUUUGCCUGUUUGCCCUAGAAAUCAGCAUUGCUCACGAUGGGCUAGAAUCUAUAUGAAGUAUUGUCUUUGCGAUGUAAAAGAUGGAAUGUCAUUAGGUCUGGGUAUGGUUAGUGUGAUCAGCUGGGGUGUUGCUGAAGUGCCGCAAAUCAUCACAAACUACAAGGAAAAGACAACAGAGGGACUUUCCAUUGCUUUCCUAAUGACAUGGAUAGUCGGAGAUCUUUUCAACCUUUUUGGCUGUUUGCUGGAGCCAGCCACUCUUCCGACGCAAUACUAUAUGGCAGUGUUGUACACAAUUACGACUGUGGUUCUGGCAUCACAAACUAUAUACUACCGUCACAUCUAUCACCACUUGAAAUCCCGUAGACGAGAUCAGAAGGGUGGCAUGCUUUUGCAAAAAGAGACAAUUGAUAAAGACAGUACUGUCGGUGAGAAUAAAACCAAGCCUGGUGAUGUUGUAUUGACAAGCUCACCAAUUGCAGUCAGUUCUCCUAAAGGCUCCCAUGGAAGAACAUUUUAUUACACGUCAGCAAGAUCUUUAUCAAAGAGUCUUACACCUACGACAGGAGCAUGUUUAGCGAGAUCUCCAAUCACCACUCUUGAUCGACAUUCUCUUCAAGAGCCUUUGCUUAAUGAAAUUGAUUCUACGAAAUCUGUAUCAGUUGUAAAAAAGAAAAGCAUUCUUUGUGUGGUCUCUGCAAUGACAUUAUUCAUCAAAAUGUUUGGUCUACACCCUUCUGAGCAUAAUAGAUCUGACAUUGACAUAGAGAAACCAGCUGGAGUCAUAAUUCGUGUAGGAAGAAAGCUUUUGCAGAAUGGUGGUGGAUUAUUAUUGGUUAAUGAAGUUGAAGAACACAGUGGCAUUGGAUCCUUUCUUGGUUGGGCAAUGGCAGCUAUAUACAUGGGUGGACGGGUUCCUCAGAUUUUCUUAAAUAUUAGGAGAGGCAAUGUUGAGGGGCUGAAUCCAUUAAUGUUCGUCUUUGCUUUACUUGGAAAUGCAACAUAUGUGGCAAGCAUACUUGUGAGCAGCUUGAGAUGGUCGAAAAUCAGACCGAAUAUGCCGUGGCUGGUGGAUGCUGCAGGAUGUGUGCUUCUGGAUUUUUUUAUACUUCUUCAGUUCAUCUAUUUUCAUUACCGGAAACCCAGCACCCUCAAGAGUAGGCAAGGAGAACUCAGUGAGGCUUAGCUGACGUCUAAGUAUUGCAAGAGUAUCGUAGGUGCUCUCUCUCUCUCUCU